AUGUCGUCCAGCCUAGUCUACCCCUAUCGAGGAUCUCAGGCCUUCUGCCUGUCAGUUUCGCACCAGUACUUAGAGAAGUUUGUGGCUUGUUUGUCCGACAAGGCUUUCAGACUGAUGGGCGAAGCUGCUUCGCCGGCUCUGGCGGAGAUCUACUUCCAGAAGGCGGCGGAGUUGACGCCUUUGUCUCCUAAGGCGGCAGGCUUCUUGGCCUUCGCGAGGCUGAAGUCCGGGAUGAGCCGGGAGGCUCUCGUCUCGUUCCGGCGCGCUGGGGAGUUGGAGGGCGCGUCUCCAACCGGGACUACCCUUUGCGGAGAAGCAAGCGCGCUGGUAAGUCUUGGCGACUUUGCUGGCGCCGCUGAUGCUGUCCGUCGGGCGGACGAGACGGACAGCAAGCAGAGAUGCAGCGAGCAUCAUGGAGGCGUGCUGGGCAAAAGCAUGCAGCACUUCAAGCAAAUGUCGCAAGAUUGGCGGAGACGCAGCCCGCGCUAUCGCGAGCUCCAAGCAGCGUGGGGAAGCGUGGAUUCGGUGGAUGGAUGGAGGCAGUUUCUGCAGCUUCAAAUCGUGAAAGACCACGUCGAGGCUGCUGAGCGAUCUACUGGGGCUCCUGGGCUGGUCUUCCUGGGCCGGCCGUCGGUCCAUCUAGCCGGCGUGCUGCGGAUUUUGCGCGUCUUGCGGGAGGUCCAUACUCUGAGCUGGCCCGCAGAGUUCUGGCUCGAGGCUUCAGACGUUUCAGUCCUGGAGCCCUGGGCCUCCGAGCGCCUGAAGGCGCUCGGGGCGACGCUGAGGGUGGUUCCCGCCCCGCAGGGAGAGCUCGCAAGAGACCAUCCUUUCUGGAGGUGGCAAGCGCAUUUUGCUUUUCACCACCGGCAGAAUCCCGAAGCUGUGUCCAGGCUGAAGGCCUACGCGCUGAAGCCUGUCGUCCUUGCUCUGAGUGAUUGCGACCCUUGCUUGGUCUUGGAUGCCGACAACGCUCCGCUGCGCUCACCGCAGGAGCUGCUUAAGUCCUUGGAUGAGAUUCCCGCUCUGUUCUGGCCGGACUUUUGGUCUGCGCCCAGGACUGAGCUCUGGUCAGCCUUUUCACCUGCAAGAUCACAGGAGAGUGGUCAACUUCUGCUGAGAAAGACCGUCGAGGUCCGGCAGGCUUUGCUACUUGCCACGCUGUUGGCCGUGCGCCCCGACCUUUACCUGGAGGGCAUCUACGGACAGCAGGGGCAGCUGAUGUGCGGCUACGGCGACAAGGAUGUCUACCAGAUGGCCUUCCGGCUCUUGGGCGUGAAGUUCCGAUUUGUGGGCUCCUCUCCUGGCGUGCUUGUCACCACUGGGGGUGACUACGCUGGGCUCGUUCAGCAGGAUGAGGAUGGGCGCUCUCUCUUCGCGCAUGCGUCCCAGGCAAAGGACCGGCUCUGGCAGCUCCUUGAAGCAGACGCCUUGCAGCGGUGCUUCCAACCUCUCCUGCACCUCCACGCGCGGAGCUGGGUCGCCAUGCACCCAGCGCCGGGGUAG